CCCGUCUCCCAGUACAAGUACUCCUCUUCCAGCAUCAUGUCUGACUACAGCCUCAUCAUCUCCGGCGACUGCGGUGGCACCAACACGCGUCUGUCGCUGUGGAAGAUCCCCACCGGCGCCACCCAGCUCAAGGGCAACAUUGCCCCGGGUGAUGUUAUUUUCGCCAAGAAAUACCUCAACGAGGACCACGCUUCGUUCAACGAAGUGUGCCACCUCUUCAUGAACGAGGCCAAGCUCACUGACCACGUGCCGGAGGCUUGUGUCCUCGCUUGUGCCGGCCCUAUCCUCAACAACACGGUGGACUUCACCAACGUCGAGUUCGGAUGGAAGAUCGACGGUGCAAGUCUCGAGAAGGAGCUUGGCAUUAAGCAAGUCCAACUAAUCAACGACUUUGCCGCCAUGGGCUACGGUCUGUUGACACUGCGUCCGCACGAGUACAUUGUCCUAAACGACGCUCCUAAGGACGAGACCGCGCCUAUGGCUACCAUUGGAGCUGGUACCGGUCUUGGAGAGUGCUUCUUGACUCCUGGCAACGACGGUCAGUACUCGUGCUUCGCCUGUGAAGGUGGCCACACUGACUUCGCCCCUGCGGAUGAGAUCGAGAUCGAACUGUACAAUGAGAUCAAAGCCAAACUGGGCUGCAGUCAGCGUUUCUCGGUGGAGCGUAUUGUGUCUGGCCCUGGUCUGGCGACGAUCUACGAGUUCUUGGCCAAGAAGUUCCCUGAGAAGGUGGACCCGAAGGUGCACGAGGAAUUCCUCAAGGCCAACACGCAACAGGGCAAGGUGAUUGGCGAGAAUGCCAAGACGAACGAGCUGUGCAACCAGACUCUGGAGAUCUUCGUGGGUGCGUACGGCCGUGAGGCUGGUAACGCGAUGCUGAAGUAUCUGCCUCGUGGUGGCUUCUACAUCACUGGUGGUCUCGCUCCUAAGAACCUGGACUACUUCACUAAGAAGGACAUUUUCCUUAAGUCUCUGUUUGACAAGGGUCGUGUGAGCCCUGCUCUGAAGGCUUGCCCCAUCUACCUGGUGCUUACCGAGGAGCUUGGUGAGCGUGGUGCCCACUUCUACGCGUACCAGCUCUUGCACUCGAGCGCGUAGGCUCUUGUCGCAUCGCGAGCAAGUGCUGCUGAGGUGUAGACGUGGCUGUUGUCGUGGACUAUCUCCACGUGUAGGUCGACAGUGCGAGUAGCGUUCGGAGUUGCCAGAGUAACUUCAUUUUGUAAGAAAUCUUCUUUCGUAUUAGUU